CACCCGCCACCACCGUCGUCGCGUCGUGUCGUUUCGUCGUUGGCAUAGUCGUCGCCACUGUCGUCGUCGUCGUCGUGGUCGUGUCUUUUACGUUCUCUCUUGUAAGCGGCCGCGUCUGUGCGCGCGUGCCUUUCUCUGUGUUGUGUGAUGUUGUUGUGUGUGUACAGUCGCAGUCAGUGUAUUAGUGUAUAUCUGUGAGUGAAACCCACACACGUAUACCUAUACACUUACGAGGCACGCAUACCUAGACAUUAUUCACUUGGUGGACGAUUCACGUAUAGCUAAGCAAGAGAGUCACCCUACCACGCUCGGCAGCACACAGGGACACGCACGUACUCACACGCUCUCCUCGAAUCCGGACGGGACUUUAGCACACCAACACCUCUGCGGGAGGUGUGGGGGUGAGCCCCCAGAGGAGGUGUCAAUCCUAGCGCUGCUCAGUGACCAUCGCGGCGCCACCCAAGUAACACCUUUCGUCCGCUCUCUCUCUGCAACUGAGCACACCGGCAGAAUCUAGUCGACGUUUUUAACUCGAGUCAACAAGGGAAAAAUCAGACACGCUCCUUUAUUACAUUUUUUUUCUUCUUUUUUCCAUUUCCUAAUUUUGUCUCAUCCACCGAUCGUCAUCAUCAUUGAGCACCUCGUGAAAUCAUCGAAAAUUAUCAAUCGAAAAUUGAACUAAACUUUUCUCUCUCCUUUUUAAUCUAUUAUUCUCAACCAAGAAGAAGACUCCUCAAACGAAGACAUUGGAUUCGAUAGAGGGAGGGAGAGAGAGAUAUAUAUUUAUUCUGCUGCUCAAUACUAUUAUUUAUUAUUCUUCAAUAAUACCCUGAUAAGAAGAAAAAUACUACGUUUUAAUUGAUCUGGUGUUUACCUAUUUUCGUGUCUACGUUAAUCUUUAUAACGACGACGCGUCGUUUCUCGUGUGAUCCCGGCCCGUCGGACAGUGUGGCUUCUUCGAGCGCGACUACGUUCUCGUGCUUCUCACCUCGUCAUUUCCAUACCUUUCUCUCUCUCCCUCUCUCUUUUUCUCUCAUACACAGUCCCUCUCUCUCUUUCUCUCUCGCUCUCUAUAUUAUCUGUCUUGUCCAAUUGUCUUUUUGUGUAAAUUGUGAACCAAACGAGUGUUUUGGCAAACAGUGAAAAAUAGUGAACGAUUACCUACCGAAGGAUGGGAGCAACUGUAGGUGCGAUUAAAUCAAUCCGAUAAAAGUGACAGUGCUGCUUAAUUAGAAAAAUAUCGUUGAUCGAAAUCGUUUCACUUAAUUGUGAUAAUAGUGAACAUAGAAGAGGUAUUUGUCAAGACAAGUGAAUGAAUAAGAAGAUGAAGAAGGGAAGGAUCGAUGGGUCGUUGAAGGCGAGGGUGAAUCAUCUUUUUGGCAGGAAAAGGCGUGAACGUUCGAAGGAUCAGAAUCCUCAACGUUCCUGAACGAGGAAGCAACAAAUAUGUUGGCGUGGUGAUCGAAUAAGUGCCUCACGUGCUUUCCAAAAAGAGACUUAAAAAUAUAUAUAGAUAAAGAUAUAUAUAUAUAUAUAUAGAGAGAGAGAGAGAGAGAGAGAGAGAUAAAGAUAGAGAGAAAAGCCAAAAAGGCAAAGAAAGGCAAAGUGGGUUGAUAAAGUGAAGGAAGAUAAAUAGCAAAGACGCGGAAAAAAAAAGAAGAAGAGUUAGAGUCACUCGAAGAGGAAUCUCGCGCGACUCGGCACACUCGCCCGUCUCGAUGAGAUUCGAACAGGAGACAGCGUGCAGGGGUACCCACUGCGCCAGCACUCCGCAACCCUCCGCGCUGCAACAGCGAACACGGCCUGAGGAGUUGGUGGUGGAAGAGGAGGAGGACUCUUCCUCCUUGAAGGACGACAUUGUCGUAGGUCAACGGUUAAGACGCAGAGAAUUGGAGACUAACGUGGUCGAGGGUGCGAAGACGGGGCCGAGGGCCGAGGCGGGGGGGCCUGGGAUGGCGUACCCCGCGUCAGCGACGGCUCUGAAUCAGCACUCGCCGUUCGCAAGCUCGUUGUCCCUCGGUGGAGGACCACUUGGUGCUGCCAGCAGCGGAGGAACCGCUGGUCCUCUCGCAGCUGGAGCACUAACCUCCAAUAAUCCCAACGGCCAUAUCUCAACGGCCGGUGGACAACAUUUGCCAGCACCGGCCGCUCCAAGACCAACGGAUUUUAGUGUUUCCUCCUUGUUAACUGCUGCCAACACUCAUCCACCGAUCUUAGGUGGUUCUUCGUCUCAAGGUAGCGCAUCGCCACCACCUGGAGGACCUGGCAGUCCAGCAGCGGCGCCCGAAACUCCGCCACCCUUACCGAUCCAAAGGGAAUUGUCUCAUCCUUCCUCGGCUGUUGCCGCUGCCAGUUAUUUCAGUGCCGCUGCACUGGCAGCCGCUGGUUUGUAUAAUCCGGCGGCUCAUCUGCCUCCAACCAGCUCGCCAGGGCCGACGGCUCAUCAUCUACAGGGCAAAGCUAUACUCACCAGUCCGCAUCAUCAUCCGCAUCUUAAUCCUCACGGCAUCACGCCACCAGGUUUAGGACUGGCUCCGCAUACUCCCGAAGAAGCAGCAGUCCUGGCGGCGGCAGCAGCUGCAUUACAUCAUCAUCACCAAGGUGGUCCUGGAGGUCCAGCGAUGAGGCCUCUAAGGCCACCUUUACCACCGGGGAUGCUGCAUACUUCGCCGCAUCCCUUGGCACCGCACCACCCCUUGGCCGCUCCUCAUCAUCCUCUGGUACCACCACAUCAUCCAGAGGAAGAUGGGGUCGUCGAUGAUCCUAAAGUCACGCUAGAGGGCAAGGAACUUUGGGAAAAGUUUCAUAAACUUGGCACAGAAAUGGUCAUCACCAAAAGUGGCCGGCAGAUGUUCCCUCAAAUGAAGUUCCGAGUUUCCGGUCUGGAUGCCAAGGCCAAGUAUAUCCUCCUAUUGGACAUCGUUGCUGCUGACGACUACAGAUACAAAUUUCAUAACAGACGCAUGUUUCCCGCGUAUAAAGUGAGGGUGUCCGGGUUAGACAGGCAAGCUAGCUACAUACUGCUAAUGGACAUCGUGGCAUCGGACGAGUGCCGAUAUAAGUUUCAUAACAGCAGGUGGAUGGUUGCUGGUAAAGCUGAUCCAGAAAUGCCGAAGAGAAUGUACAUUCAUCCGGAUUCACCUAGCAGCGGCGAACAAUGGAUGCAGAAAGUCGUGAGCUUCCACAAACUCAAGCUCACGAACAACAUCAGCGACAAGCACGGCUUUGUAAGUACUACGAUAUUGAAUUCUAUGCACAAAUACCAACCAAGGUUUCAUCUAGUACGAGCCAAUGACAUCUUGAAGCUUCCCUACUCGACGUUCAGGAGUUAUGUUUUCAAGGAGACAGAAUUCAUUGCCGUGACGGCAUAUCAAAACGAGAAGAUAACUCAACUGAAAAUCGAUAACAACCCGUUUGCUAAAGGAUUCCGAGACACUGGUGCGGGUAAACGAGAAAAAAAAAGGCAGGCGCUGUUGACGGUAUCGGGAGGCGGUUCUCGUUUGACGUCGGGUGGUCCAGCAUCUCCUGAGAAACGGCGAUCGUCCAACUCGGCGAACGAUUUGUUGGAUGACGAGGAUAAAUUAUUGGACGUGGUAGGUCCGGAGACGCCGCAUCCGGCUCAUCAUCAUAGAGAACGCGAACAAUCUCGGGAAAGGGACGAUAGAACGAGCGAGAGAGGAGAAGGUAGCGAAUCUUCGGGUUCCGAGAGCGGCGGAGUGUCAGGAGGAGCUGCAGGAUCCGAAGGCCCGCGUCCGGACGUUUCGGUGGGCCCACCUUUGCAUCCGCCAUUACUACCGUACCUCUAUCCACCUGUACCAGGAUUGUAUCCAGGUCCGGGUCCGUUAAUACCACCUAGUCCAUUGGGUCUACACGGUGGAGUUACCCCAAGUAUGUUGUUCAACGCUCAACUGGCAUUGGCAGCUUCGCAGCAUCCAGCUCUAUUUGCUCAUUAUCCUCAUCCAUUGGCCAGUCCGUUACAUCAAUUGAAAGGACAUAGAUAUGCACCGUAUACAUUACCAGCGCCAUCCCAUGGAUCGGCUUUCGAAACGGUUACACCUGGAAGUAGGAAUCUCAGCCCAAGAUCCCCACCCCCAAGGCCAUCUACGGGUUCUCCAACGCCUACCGGUGGUCCGGCUACGGUAUCGGCAAAUACCGGUCCAACAUUAGGUUCCACCACUUCGGGAUCCGCCACCGAAUUAAAAUCUAUCGAGAAUAUGGUUAACGGUCUUCAAGAUAAAAGGAGAAGAAGUCCUAGUUUAACGCCCGGACACCGUGGCGACGGGGAAACCGGCGGCGGAGGGAGUCCGUGACAGGAGAACGAGCCUGUAACCAGCACAAACGACGAUCCGGAGGAUGAUCCCGACUUGGUGGAUCCCGAUUUGGAUCCUGACGACGAUGGCUCCCUCGAUCUCGACGAUCCGUCCGCCGACGAGAGGGAACCUGACUCGACCUCGGAACCCUCGUAGCGAGAGGAAUCUCUUCGUCUCUCCGAUAUACGAAAGAUGCUCGAACUUUUUGUCGUCGUUCUUCUCUCGAUAAUUUUACUCUCACCAAAUCGUUAAUUGUUGUCUCGUUCUAAUCCUCAUCCGUUCAUCCGUGUGAAGUUGCUUGCGCAAGUGUGAAACGAUUCUAAUCAAAGCAACAAUAACAACAACAACAAAAAUAAUCUAUCAAAACUAUUAAGUGCAAUUUUCUUUCUCUAAUAGAGAUGAUUGAGAGUAAGGGAGGAUGAGAAUUUGCAAGAGAAAGAGAAAAAGAAAGAAAAAGUGAGAAGGAACGUUCUCUUCAUCGUUUAUCCUUUUUCUUAACCUUACUUCUCCUUACUUCCUCUAUUUGUUCUCUCUCUCUCUCUCUCUAUCCAAUCUAUUUAUCUUUCUUUCUCUUUCUCUCUUUUCCUCUUUCUUUUUCUUUUUUUCUCUGUCUCCCUGUUUUUGUUUUUCGAAAAAACAUUUUCGAUUUAACGGGAGAAAGGACGAUUUGUGAAAAUGGCGCCACCGUCGUCAUCGUCGUCGUGUAUCGAUUGGCCGAGCGAUCGUGAGAGCUUGCAAGAGGAGAAAGGUGAGGAGGAGGAGGAGGAAAAGGAGGAGGAAGUGGAGGAAGAAGGAUAAGAGAGACAUUGAGAGAAGGAGAAGAUACGAUAUACGCGGUGAGCUGCUUUCCAGCUUCACAGGAAAAAAAGGCUUUGGAAAGAAAUAAAAAAAAAAGGAAAGAGAG